GAGCGGAAGUAACGUCCCCGGGAGAGUUCAGAAGCCGGGCUGUGGCGCCGCUGGGAAGCGUCUGGCCAGCAUGGCUCACCUGCCCAUGAAGCUCCUGCGCAGGAAGAUCGAGAAGCGGAACCUCAAGCUGCGGCAGAGGAACCUCAAGCUGCAGGGGACCUGGGAUGUGAGCCUAUCAGAAACUCGAGAUGAAGAUGUGUCUCAAGAAACAGUAGCAAGUGGAAAACUUAAAAAGUCCCUAAAACAGUCUAUGAAUGUAGGCUUGUCAGAAGCCCCAAAUGGAGAUGCAUGUAAAGACACAGUGGGAGGUGGAAAGGUUAAAAAGUCCCUAAAGCCGUCUAUGAAUAAGGGCCUGUCAGCAGCCCAAAAUGGAGAUAUAUCUAAAGGAACAGUGAAAGAUGUAAAAGUUAAAAAAUCCCCCAAGAAAUCUACCAUGUUAACCAACGGGGAAGCAGCAGUGCAGCCUCCCAACUCAGAAUCUAAGAAGAAGAAGAAGAAGAAAAAAAGAAAAAUGGUGGAUGAUGCUGGGCCUGGUACCAAAAAAGCAAAAACAGAAGACAAAGUGGAAGCAGAGGAAGGUGCCCAGACCCCUGAAGCUACCAAGAACAGUGUGGAGGAGCCAGGCGACCGAGAGGAGGAGAGCGAGGUGCCCAGCCUGCCCCUGGGACUGACAGGAGCUUUUGAGGACACUUCAUUUGCUUCUCUUUCUGAUCUUGUCAAUGAGAACACUCUGCGGGCAAUAAAAGAAAUGGGCUUCACAAACAUGACUGAAAUCCAGCAUAAAAGUGUCCGACCACUUCUGGAAGGCAGGGAUCUUCUGGCAGCUGCAAAAACUGGCAGUGGCAAAACCCUGGCCUUUCUCAUCCCUGCAGUUGAACUCAUUGUUAAGUUAAAGUUCAUGCCCAGGAAUGGAACAGGAGUUCUUAUUCUGUCCCCUACCAGGGAACUGGCCAUGCAGACUUUCGGUGUUCUGAAAGAGCUGAUGACACACCACGUGCACACAUACGGGCUGAUAAUGGGCGGCAGCAACAGGGCUGCUGAGGCACAGAAGCUUGCCAACGGGAUCAACAUCAUUGUGGCCACACCAGGCCGUCUCCUGGACCAUAUGCAGAAUACUCCAGGGUUUAUGUAUAAAAACCUGCAGUGUCUGGUUAUUGAUGAGGCUGAUCGUAUCUUGGAUGUUGGGUUUGAAGAGGAAUUAAAGCAAAUUAUUAAACUUCUACCAAUACGCAGACAGACCAUGCUCUUUUCUGCCACACAAACUCGUAGAGUUGAAGACCUGGCGAGGAUUUCUCUGAAAAAGGAGCCGUUGUAUGUUGGUGUCGAUGAUGAUAAAACUAACGCAACAGUGGAUGGUCUUGAGCAGGGAUAUGUUGUUUGUCCUUCCGAAAAAAGAUUCCUCCUGCUUUUCACAUUCCUCAAGAAGAACCGGAAGAAGAAACUCAUGGUCUUCUUCUCGUCUUGUAUGUCCGUGAAAUACCACUAUGAGCUGCUCAACUACAUCGAUUUGCCUGUCUUGGCCAUUCAUGGAAGGCAGAAGCAAAAUAAGCGUACCACCACAUUCUUCCAGUUCUGCAACGCAGAUACAGGGAUAUUGUUGUGCACAGACGUGGCAGCUAGAGGGCUGGACAUUCCUGAAGUCGACUGGAUUGUUCAGUAUGACCCUCCAGACGACCCCAAGGAAUACAUUCACCGUGUGGGAAGAACUGCCAGGGGCCUGAACGGAAGGGGGCAUGCCUUGCUCAUCUUGCGUCCUGAGGAGUUGGGUUUCCUUCGUUACUUGAAGCAAUCCAAGGUUCCAUUAAGUGAAUUUGAGUUCUCCUGGUCCAAGAUUUCUGACAUUCAGUCUCAGCUUGAAAAAUUGAUUGAAAAGAACUACUUCCUGCAUAAGUCAGCCCAGGAAGCAUAUAAGUCGUACAUUCGAGCAUAUGAUUCCCAUUCUCUGAAACAAAUCUUUAAUGUAAAUAACUUAAAUUUGCCUCACGUUGCUCUGUCCUUUGGCUUCAAGGUGCCUCCCUUUGUUGAUCUGAACGUGAACAGCAACGAAGGCAAGCUGAAGAAGAGAGGAGGCGGCGGUGGAUUCGGCUACCAGAAGCCCAAGAAAGUGGAGAAGUCCAAAAUCUUCAAGCACAUUAGCAAGAAGCCUUCCGACGGCCGGCAGUUCUCCCACUGAAGACCGUCCCUCCGCCUUCGGGGCUUAGUCCUGAAGGAGGGGCUUUUCUUGCUCCAACAGGACUUUUUACUCUGGCAUUGGGACUUAUCUGACAAGAGUGUACAUUGGCAUGGAUUACAAGCAGUGAGCACUUUCCAGCAAGUCUUGUUUAUUUCGAGUUAAAAAACAAAAACAAGAGUUCAUUUUUUCUUGAUUUCCCAAGGACCACACAAAGGGUUUUUUUUUAAUCUUUGUUGUGAUUAAAUGAUUUUUUAAAGUUAAGCUGUUUUUUUUAAUCUCAUUUGUCAUUGAGAUUUAAUUGUUUUAAUUCUUUUUUGUACCUUCUGGUGUCUGAAUAUUUUUGCAAUAUGGAUUGCUAUAGCAACCUGCUGAAACGGGCAGGUCACCCAGUACACUGGAGGUGGUUUGGGGUGACAGUGCAAGGAAACUGGGUUGGUUGGUUGGUUGGUUGGUUGGUUCUUUCUUUUUUUCUUUCUUUCUUUCUUUGGCCUUAAUGAUAGUUCCUGAUUUCUCCUGAAAGUGCUGUCGUGAACAAGGACAGAGCUUUUGAAGUACCUAAGAUGCACCUUCAACUAAAGGUGGCAUCGAUUUUUAAAUACGCCAGGCUUUAAAACAGCCUUUCCCCAUUUUGUUUUAAGAGCAAGAAACAUGAGGUGUGCUUUGAAUAAAAUGCUCCUGUUUGGAGUUGGAGGAGAGCUGAGGUUCCUGGCCGCCUCUACACCAACGUAGGUGUGGUAGUUUGCUGCUCUCCUUGUGAUUAAAAGACCUUUUAAAACAAAAAGAGUAACGACACGCCUCUUUCAGGCUUGUUUCAGGUGGGGCUUGCUUGUUUGGGGUUAGUGAGCCCUUCCCACUCCGAACGCCUUAGCAGGUAAAACAUCUUUUUGAGGAAAGAAUUUGCUUCUUUCAGAUCAAUGAGCAGGGCUCAGAGAGAGCGGGAGUUGAGUCACGUGGUUUUCUGCUGUGGGAGCUUCUGAUCUGUGUUUUAUUUUUAUCUCUACUGUGCUUCAUGACUACAAAUGGUUAUUACCAUUUAAAACCAAAGUGCUGGCAUUGCUUUGCUGUUGUGCCAUUGGUAUUGUAGACUCUUGUGAGUUACAAGGACACUGAGAACAUCAGAUGGAGAGGAAACCGGCGGGUGGAGAGCGUUCCGGAGGGACCAGAAGCACUGGUCUGCUGGCCGAUCACCGACACGUCCUGGCCUGUGCUGGGGCAGACCUGGAUUGCUGGAUCCUGACAUUUAACAACUAUUUCUCUAUCCAAUAACUUGUUUUUCUUUUUUGUUUCAGAAAUUAUCACGUUUCAAAAAUAUGUACAAAACAAAGGAAAGAAUAUUUAAUCACUGAAAACAAAUAAAGACUGAAUAUUUUGUUAUAUCCUUCCAGUGUUUUAUAUACAUACUUCAAAUGUUUUUAUCAAGUGAAAUUCUAUACCCACUAUUUGCGACCAACUUGUUUGAUAACGUUAUUUUCCCAUGUCAUUAAAUAAUUACAUCAA